AUGGAAAUUGUUAGUGCUAGUGUAAGUGUAAGUUAAGGAAGCUUUGAGCCAUAUGAGGAAUCAACUACGAGAUCUAAAUCACAAUAAGUAGCUUAGGAUCCUGAAAUAGCAAUGAUAGGUGAUGACUCUGAAGGGUAAAUUGAAAGAUCGCUAUACUACUUUAAGCCACCAAAAGGAACACCCAAAAAGUAUAUUGAUAGUAUAAAAAGAGAAUCAAGCAAGAAUCUUAAACUUAUAGUUAAAGGCAUAAUGUUUGUGGAAAAAUAACUUAAAUACUUGGAUGGGGAGGAAGAGCAAAAAAAUGAUUCUUUUUCUAUCAACCCAUUAGACCAGUUUUACCCAGAAAAAUCAAGAAAUAAGGAUAGCAGCAUUAAAGUUAAAGCAGAUACAUCAAAACUGCCAUUUAUACCUGCAAUAAAGUUAGAAUAGAUUAAGAUAAUGUCCUAGACGCAAAGUGAUAAUAAUUUCAAAGAGAUUUUGUAGUAGUACAAGGAAGAAUUCAAGCAAGUAUUUAAAGGGUUUGAUUCUAAAAUAGAUCCUAAGUCUAUUCAAGAUGAUAUAAAAAAACAGAAAAGCAAUCGUUACUAUACUCUCAUGAAAAACAUGAAAUAUGUUGGUCAUAUGAAUCCAUACAAGAGAAACAAUCCUGAUCUAGAUGAAUUAAGAGGUAAAUUAGAAGGAGAAUAAUUUGCUAAAAUUUAGAAAAAACUUGCUAAAAUAGAUUAGGAUAAAAAUUAAAUUCCUGAGGAAAAUCACUAGCUAAUGAUACCUGAUUCAUAAGAUGCAAAUAUAGGUAGAUCUAAUUCAUUACAACAGCUCUUUCACAAUGAGGUAGAAUCAAACAGAAGAACUUCAAAAAGGAAUCUGACAUCAAGAAAUACCAGCCUUAGCCUGUAAAAGAAAAUCAAGCAAAAUUAAAGUAUUGAUAUGAUCUAUUUUGACUCCAAACUUAAUUCCUCUAGAAUUCCACCAAAAGUUUACAGACUACAUGAAUCAACACCUUUGCAUGAGACUAAAUUAGUCAGUCCCUAUACAAUCAAAGAUAUUACUUAGAAAGACUCUGACAUAAAGAAGGUGUUUGAGUAGAUUGCUCCUGAAAAAUUCAAAAAAAAGAAAAAAAUCUUCAACCAAGUGAAGAAGAUUAAAGAAGAGAGCGAGAUAAAUGUUAGUGAUGUUGAUUAUAGCCCGAAUUACUCCUAAACUAAGAAAGCAUAUCAAAGAGAUGUGUCUUAAAUAUUUACAUAAAAGUUCAUCUCAGAAAUGAACACCAAUGAAAAGCAAAACCUUGACUAAUCUAUGAAUAAUAUGAAAAUAAAAUCUCGUAGAGAGAGUAAAAAUGCUACAAAUAUGAGCUACAAUCCUGAUUACUAUGAUAUGAAUUCUACCUUUAGACAGGAUCAUAGUCUGAAUCUCAGUAAGAGUAAAUUCAAUCCUAAUUAAUCCCGCUUCAAUCUUAAAUCUGUGCUUAAAAAUGCUAAGUCUCUAAAAACUAUUGAAAAAAUUGAUUCCAAGCUAAUAAAGCCUUUCAUUACACCUAAAGAUGAUGCCUUGAGUGUGCUGAAAAAAUUCUAGGAUUUGCAUAGAUAUAACAUGCAUAAUACUAUGAGAAAGAUAAACACAAUGGGUAGGAAGGAAUUUAAAGCUUAAGAAGAUCUCACGUACGAAGACUUCUAUCUCAAAAAUAAAAAUACAGUUAGUAAAUAGUUAGAUGAAGAUCAUAGCAUGUCAAAAUUUAGACUAGAUGAAAAAAAAAUUCCAGAAAAACUUCUCAAUUAGAUGGUUUAUAAUGUUGAAAGAGAUAAAUUAGAAUAAAAACAGAGAAACUUAUAGGAAUUAACGUUGGAGAUAUAAAAAUCUCUUAAUAAAUCGCAGUCUAAUAUUAAUUUACCAAAUCUCAAACUACCAAUGAUGAGUCCUACUUCAAAAUAACCAGAAAUUCACAAUUAGUAUGUUAAAUCAUUGAAUCAGUCCCUUGAUAAAAUUUAGUCUGUAAGUCCAAAGAAAAAGAUAGUUGAAUUUGGACCUUUAUCAUUUUACAAGUUUAAGGACAUGUUUCCAAAUAAGAAGUAAGAUUAUGAUAAAAUGGUGCAAGACCCUUAAUUAGUUGGAUCAGAAUAAACAUUGAAAAGUUACAACAAAGUCUUGAAGCAUGUGCUCUCUGAUACUCAUAAUCUGAUUGUUGAAAAGAAACUUAAGGAGAGAGACUUGUAACUCAGAGAACAAGAAAAGCUUGUUGAAUUGCAGUUAAAACAUAAAAAUGUAGAUUAAGAGUAGGAUAAGCAAUAAGAGGAUAGGAUUAAGCAAAUAUUUAAAAGAUAACUUAAGCUUCUUCAAAAGAAUCCACUCUAUCAAGUAAACUAUAAAAGAGAACAUACCAUUCAGGAUUCUAAGAUUGUUAGAGAAAAUGCUAUACUUGAUGCUAAGGUUAUCAAAAUGCAAAAUCAGUAGAAUGACGACUCAUAAAUAUCAGAAUAAAUGGAAAAAAGAGAUAUGUUUCUAAAUAGAGCUCACAAACAAGAUAGGAAGAGAUUCUUACUGGAGCAUAAAAUUAUCAAUAGAUGA